UUUCAAUGCAAGAUUUUUGGCUUGCAUAAAUUAUGUUCAUGACGUAGUGCAAAAGGCCAAUUUUGUGGCAAUUUUGCGCGGCUUUGCAGCUCAUAUAGGAUUCACUUAGACACCGGGAGGAUUUGUGACUAUCUUAAGUGUUGCAGAAAGGGCGACGUCAUUAAAUAUUAAGGCAGGGGAGAUCCUAUCAUUUGCAAGCCUCCUCCUUAUCAAUGCAAAUACCUCUUUUGUGUGCAGCACAGCCUGUCUGGGAGCUGAGAUGCAUUUUUAAUUAUGUGUGACUGAAACAAACUGUGACAAGGACCUUGUAUAAAAGCGAGGGAUUACAGAGAAUAAGCUGCAUUUCCGCGGAUGUCAGGAAGACAGUGACUGGGAGGUGCAGAGAGCCAUGAACUCCCAGGACCCCCCCACCAAAGAUGCCCCCCUCACUGUCAAUGAGCAGCCAUUCACUGUCUGACUGCAGACGUCUUUAUUCAGCCAUUUAAAUCCUCCUGCACUUUGACAUUCCCUGCCAAACACCUCCAGGUGAUAGUGAUGUCGGGCAAUGAGACGAUCCGGGUUCUGGAGGUGGAGGUGGACGCGUCUCUGCCCUCGUCCCUGCCUGAGGAGAGGAGUGAGGUGAAAUUUGAGGUGGGGGAACGACCUGAGGCCGGCGGCACGCAGGAGGGGCCCCAAAACCCUGGGGGAGUCGGUCUGGUUUCUGUGGAGGUUUCUGCUCCUGCCGUCCAGACGAUGCCUCCUGCUGUCAGUCUGUCUCUGUCUCAUCCUCAGGCCAACAUGCCCAUCACCGUGCAGAGCUGCCCUCAGGUGCUGACCCAGGAGAGUCUGGCCUCCCUGUUGACGGGGAUGAUGGCUCAGACGGGGUCUAUGGGCCAGCCCAUGCUGAUCCCCCUCAGCAUGGCCGGAUCUAUCGGGGGCGGGGGUCUCGCUGUCCUCACGCUACCCUCCACUAACGUAGCCUCUCUUCCCGGAUACACUACUGCGAACACGGCCGGGAACCUCCUCAAACUGCCCUUCGCCGGCCUCCAGGCAGCGACGGUCCUGAACUCUCUGCAGCCCCAGCUUCAGACCAGCGCUCAGACGAUGUUCCAGCCUCAGGUCCAGGUGACGUCUCCCUCACCUGUCCCUCAGGUGUCUGCAGCUCAGACCUCCUCCUCCUCCCAGUCCAACAUCUCCCUCGCAGCGCUGCAGAACGCAGGACUCUCCAUCAACCCCGCCAUCUUCAGCGCUGCCUCUCUGGGAGCUCAGCCUCAGUUCCUCAGCUCCCUCACCUCCACCCCCAUCAUCACCAGCAACAUGUCCAACAUGGCGGGCAUCACCAGCCAGCUGAUCACCAACGCUCAGGGACAGGUCAUAGGAACCCUGCCGCUGUUUUUGAACCCAGCUUCUCUGGGUGGAGGGGCUGCACAAACGCUCCAGAGUCUUCAAGGUCUUCAAGGUCUUCAAGGUCUUCAAGGUCUUCAAUGUCUUCAAGGUCUUCAAGGUCUUCAAGGUAUCCAAGGACUCCAGGGUCUCCAGGGUUUCCAGGGGCUCCAGGGGCUCCAGGGUCUUCAGGGUCUCCAGGGUCUCCAGGUCCAGACUGUGACCCCCCAGCUGGUUCUGAACUCUCAGGGUCAGAUCAUCGCCACGCUGGGAAACGGAUGCGCUGUGACGUCGGCUGCAGUUCAGCCCAAAGUCACUGCUACUCCGACAUUCACCAAACCCAUCUCACAGGCUUCAGUAACGACCGUCAGUCAGUCCCCGAUCGUCAUCGCCCCGCAGCCGUCCCUCAUGAAGACCCCGCUGCCCCCCGCGGUGAACAUCAGCUGUGGAGACAUGGCUAAAGUGGGCCAGCUCAUCGGCAAGCCGCAGCAGGUCGUCAGCGGCGAGGAGGGGAUAAAUCUGGACGAGAUCCGAGAGUUCGCCAAAAACUUCAAGAUCCGCCGGCUGUCUCUCGGUCUCACGCAGACGCAAGUAGGCCAGGCGCUCACCGCCACCGAGGGCCCGGCGUACAGCCAGUCCGCCAUCUGCAGGUUUGAAAAGCUGGACAUCACGCCUAAGAGCGCCCAGAAGCUGAAGCCGGUUCUGGAGAAGUGGCUGGCCGAGGCGGAGCACUGGAACCAGAAGGGACAGCAGAACCUCAUGGAGUUCGUCGGCGGAGAACCGUCCAAAAAACGAAAGCGACGCACGAGCUUCACGCCGCAGGCCAUCGAAGUCCUGAACUCAUACUUUGACAAGAACGCGCUGCCGACGGGACAAGAGAUCACGGAAAUGGCUCGAGAGCUGAACUACGAUCGAGAGGUGGUGAGAGUUUGGUUCUGCAACAGGAGACAAACGCUGAAGAACACGAGCAAAAUCAACGUCUUCCAGGUCCAGUAGCAACGUCCUUCUGGAGAUAUUUCACACUGACACACAGGGAAGGAGGAGAAUACAAGCCAAGUGGAAAAAUAUGAACUUUGGUAACACUUUAUUUUAAGGUACACAUAUUCACCAUCAACUAGUUGUUCAUUAACAUGCAUAUUAGCAGUAUAUUGGCUCUGUAGUAGUCAGUAUAAAACACGCCUUGUUCUACAUGACCAUAUUCUACAAGUACUAGGCCAUUAGUUAAGAGUUUGUCUUCAAUAACCAUCUAAUUAGUGCUUAUUUAUUGUAAGUAAGGACGUUGUUGUACAUGAGUUACGGUCUUAAUGUGCUCAAUAUGGGCCUAAUAACUCUCAUAAUAACACCUAACAAAUAUGGUCUAUUCUUAUUUAACAAGACAUGAAACUAAAAGUGUUAAUUGUGUCAAAAUAACUCAAAAUGAGGUUUUUCUAACUCAGAAUAAGUUCCCUAUUUUAAAGUGAAGUCUUGUUCAUAACCAAUAAACUAGUAGUUUGACUCUAAUGUGUAAAUUAACAACUAGAUGACGGGGAAUAUGUGUACCUUAAUCUAAAGUGUUUCCUGAACUUUUUAACAUGAAGAGAGAUUACACAUAAAAGAGUUCUAAUAACAAUCGUAUUUUAAGAUAUGUGUACACAACUCCUGUGAAGUCAAACGGCAUGGUCCUUUUAUCCUAUAGAGUGAUGAUAAUAACAUUUAAUAUUUAAUAAUAUUUGAACUUUUAUACAAGUGGUUUUAUAGGAAGAUCCCUCUGAGUUAUCAAAGUGGCAGUGCAUUGAGUCACAUUGAUUUUAGUCGCAUAAUUGUCACUUUACGCUGAUAUUUGAACAACCACCAUGGAUGUUUUUAAAAAUGCUCAUUUAUUUUAUAUUCAGGUGGUAGUUGUAUACAUUGGCAGCUUGUAAAACCUAAAUAGGAUGCUGUAGACUGAAAAACAACCCUUUAUUAAUCAGAAUUCGUCGUCUAAUUAACACCAAAAAUGAAUUUUCCAUCCAUGACUCUGAAGCCAUGUUUGGGGACAAUCACCAUUUUUAUAUUUCUUAUUGAAAAUCACAAAAAAUCUGCAUUAAUUUCCUCGCGUUCGGCUUUCAUUUCUUUAUUGAGCAGCAUAAAAUAAUUGUGCCGCACCGUCGGGGGUCCAGAGGGAAUGAUUUCUGACAAAAACUUGACUAUUGCCCAUGAAGCCACAACUGUAAACUAAUCAGUUUUAAAAUGUUACUUUCAUACUGUAUAUGUGUGUGUGUGUGUGUGUGUGUGUGUGUGUGUGUGUGUGUGUGUUUUGUGUUCACACUUCAAUGUGCUUUAAUACUCUGAGAGUAUGUGGUUUUCCUCCCAUUUCACUGUUGUGACCGGUGCUUCUGCUGCAUUUUGAAUCUCAAGUUAGAUAACGUUUAUUGUCAAAAUAGAAGCUUAAAGUACGGUGGCCGACAGGAGCGAACGCACUACUACGGCCCAAAGCACUUCCAUCAGGAGCAACGCUCUGCAGUUUCAGAAACGAUGCGAAUAUAAAAACACAAAUGUGCCAAAACACAUGCAAAGAAAUGAAGAAACAUGACACUUGAGGAAAGCUGCAUAAACUAAACGGAAACCAGGG